AAUAGUGUUUUCGCUUUUAAUAUGUCGAUAUUAAAUGAUAGUUUCCAGCCGUUCUGGAACCUCACAAAUUUCAGUUGCUCUUAGGCGUGCGCGAGGUAAGCAUUGCUUUUUCGAGUGUGCUAAACUUCGUUUUUUAGUUUUGUUAUUUAUACUGUAUAUUUAAUCAAUAUGGCACCGAAGAAAGAGAGAAGUGACUGUGGAAAUAGAAAACGUUUUAGUGUAGCAUUAAAGAAAGAAAUUAUUGCAAAAUACGAGAAUGGCAUUCGUGUUUCUGACAUCGCUAAAGAAUAUAAUGUGGCAAAAUCGACUAUCUCUACAAUUAUUAAAAACAAAAAAGCAUUUAAGGCUGCCGAAGUGGCUAAAGGAGUGAAUGUGAUAUCGAAACAAAGAUCUAAAGUUUUAGAUGAAGUUGGAAAGUUGUUGCUGAUAUGGAUCAAUGAAAAGCAACUUGCUGGAGACAGUACACCCAGUACAAGUGCAGACAGGCAGGACUUUAAAGCGAGCCGAGGGUGGUUUGAUAGGUUUCGUCGACGAACUGACAUUCACAGUGUCAUAAGACACGGGGAGGCUUCAAGUUCAGAUGAAAAAGCUGCAAAAGCAUUUGCAGAUGAAUUCGUAGAGUUUGUAAAAAGUGAAGGAUACGUCUGGAAUCAAGUGUUUAAUUGCGACGAGACCGGUCUUUUUUGGAAAAGAAUGCCUAGACGAACGUACAUAACCCAAGAAGAGAAAGCACUUCCCGGGCACAAGCCCAUGAAGGACAGACUCACUCUUUUAUUUUGCGCUAAUGCAAGUGGUGACCUCAAAAUCAAGCCACUUUUAGUCUACAACGCUGAAAAUCCUCGUGCCUUUAAGAGCAAAAAUGUGAUAAAGUCCAAACUGCCUGUACAAUGGAAGGCAAAUAGUAAGGCAUGGGUAACUCGGACUUUAUUCAUGGAUUGGCUCACAGAAGUGUUUGCUCCUACUGUUAAAAAUUAUCUUCAGGAAAUGGAUCUUCCUCUUAGAUGUCUUCUCUUAAUGGAUAAUGCUCCAGCACAUCCACCAAAUUUGGAGGACGACUUGGAUAGUGAACAUGACUUCAUCAAGGUCAAAUUCCUUCCACCCAACACAACUCCAUUACUGCAACCAAUGGAUCAGCAAGUGAUUUCCAAUUUUAAAAAGCUGUAUACCAAGGCACUGUUUACCAUGUGUUUUCAGGUUACCAAUGAUACCGACUUAACUCUUAGAGCUUUUUGGAAGGAGCAUUUUAACAUCCUGCAUUGUAUCAACCUUAUUGACAAAGCCUGGAGUGAGGUCUCUCACCGCACUUUGCAAUCGGCCUGGAGGAAACUUUGGCCAACUUGUGUCCCAGAGCGAAACUUUCAGGAAUUUGAAGAAGAGAGCUCUCCUGAUGUAGUGCAUGAAAUCGUGUCCAUUGGCAAGAGUUUGAGAGUAGAGGUAGAUGAUGCAGACGUGGAGGAGUUGCUGAAAGACCAUCAAAAUGAACUAACGACAGAAGAGCUGGUUGCCAUGCAGGAAGAACAGAUGAAAGUCUUACAAGAAGAGCAUUCGUCAGAGGAAGAGGCUAGGGAAGAAAUCACCAGUGCUGAGAUCAAGGAAAUUUGCAGAAAAUGGAAUGAUGUGCAGGAAUUUAUCGAGAAGCACCAUCCUAACAAAGUUGUGGCUAAUAGGGUCAUUAAUUUAAUGAACGACACUGUGCUAGCGCAUUUUAGAAAAAUUUUGAUUAAGAGAGUAAGACAAUCAACUUUAGACAAUUUUCUUGUUUCUUAUCAAAAGAGAUCUCGACUCGAAGAAACUCCCGAUGCAGUGCUACCCGAUAUUUUUAUGGAGGGGGAUUCCUCUUCCAAGCAUUAAGCUCCGUAGAAACGAAGGUAUGUACAGUGCUACUUUAUUAAAUAAAGUUUACAUAUUUGUUGCUGUAAUGAUAGAU